UGAUUUUCAUUUCUCGCGAUAUUUUACGGAGCUUCCUCCUUACAGCUGAAAACAUGGCUGACGUACAUGGACGGAAAUGGGACCGCUGUCUUGCUGAUACAGCCGUGAAAACAGUUACUGGCCUUGGUCUUGGUGUUUUGUUCUCUGUCGUUCUCUUCAAACGUCGCACAUGGCCUGUUUCACUUGGUUCAGGUUUGGGACUGGGCAUGGGAUACGCUAACUGCCAGCAUGACUUAAGAUCACCAUACCUGGUUCAUGGCAGCAUGGUUAAGGACCAAUAAUGAAGGACUACAGAUGAUUAGGAUUUGCCACGAAGAAGCUUGUCUGUUUUUGUUGUUAUUUUGCUGCUCAUUUCUGUCCUAGCACUAAUGAUCAAUGAUGCGAACAUUGUGUGUAUCAAGUGGCAGUCAGUGUAUAUUUAAUAAAGCAAUUCUGGAAAUCUG